AUGUCCCGCCGCUGCGCGCUGCUUGCCUGGGCUCUCCUCGGCCUCCUUCGACUCGGAGCGGCUCAGGAGACAGAAGACCCGGCCUGCUGCAGCCCCAUAGUGCCCCGGAACGAAUGUAAGGCCCUGGCAUCAGAGUGCACCCAGCGCCUGAGCCUGCCCUUACGCUAUGUGGUGGUGUCACACACGGCGGGCAGCAGCUGCAACACCCCCGCCUCGUGCCAGCAGCAGGCCCGGAAUGUGCAGCACUACCGCAUGAAGACACUGGGCUGGUGCGACGUGGGCUACAACUUCCUGAUUGGAGAAGACGGGCUCGUAUACGAGGGCCGUGGCUGGAACUUCACGGGUGCCCACUCAGGUCACUUAUGGAACCCCAUGUCCAUUGGCAUCAGCUUCAUGGGCAACUAUAUGGAUCAGGUGCCCACACCCCAGGCCAUCCGGGCAGCCCAGGGUCUACUGGCCUGCGAUGUGGCUCAGGGAGCCCUGAGGUCCAACUAUGUGCUCAAAGGACACCGGGAUGUGCAGCGUACACUCUCUCCAGGCGACCAGCUCUACAACCUCAUCCAGAAUUGGCCACACUACCGCUCCCCCUGA